UGGGUAAUUCAGUAAAAUGACUUGAUGUUUACUUAUCUGUCACUUUGUUCGAUGUAUUUCUGCCAAUCAGACGUGUUUAUGAUCGACUCUAACAAACUGAUCGAUAAAACAAAUCUGAAUCUCCAAAGCAUUAAUUUUACAUCUAAACAGCAGAAUGGAUUCAAGGAUGAAAUUGUGUUUCUUCGCUUUCGUAGUGUUAGGUUCUCUGUCUGUGGUGUCUGCUCAAGUUGAAUGCUACGAUUGCAAUUAUGAUUAUAAUGAUGGCGAGACAGAGAGUGAUCCAAACGACUGCAAAACGCCGUCAUCCUCAACGAUGAACGCGACAUGUGGAGCGACUAUGAAAUGCUACGUGCAAAGUGAGAUAACUUCAAGUUUAGGUUUGUUUGGCGGAGGUCGUAUCAGAUACUCUCGUGGAUGCAUGGAAGAUGACGCUUGCCAAGCAAACGACUGUCGGAAAACCCCUAGAGAUUGCAUUAGUUGCUGCAAUGGUGACUUUUGCAACACUGCCUCUUUAAAUACCCACCUUGUAGAUAAUAUGCUAACCCGACCUUGUUACCGUUGCCAAUAUUCGGACAUACGAGGGACCCGGAGUGAUGCUCGUUGCGGACCAAGUGACUUUGAUGCAGAUGCCUCGGACUCGCAAGUGUACAGUGUUGACUGUCCUGGUCUAUGCUACAUUGCAAGAGCCAAAUACGAGCAUGCGGUUGAAAUAAUUCGAGGUUGCCAGUACCAUGGGAGUUAUUGUACCUAUGACAGACAAGCAGUCAACGGCGUACCUGCGAAUGAAUUCGGUGAUAGUAAUUAUAAUGCUCAACACCAAUACGAGCUCUCAUGUUGUGUUGACGACAAUUGUAAUACUGCUACUGCCCUCUCCGUUGGAUUAAUGACAAUCCUUUUCUCAGCUACCCUCGGCGUGUUUGUCAUCUAAUGUCGCCGUCGUAGGAUGUAUAAGCAAGUCCUUGGAGGGUGGGGUAUCUGGGGGGGGGGGGUCUCGUACAAUGAGAUAUUCAUCAGCGUAGAUUAGUAAACUUGAUUUCGAGAGGAUGUCACUUUUUGUUAAUUCCUCUUACAUUUUCAUAGCUUGCAAAUAAUGUUCGACUCAAUAUAAUUCACCCGUACAUUAACUUUGUGUGUCUCAGUGCCUCUGGACAUCUUACGAUUUUGGAAAAAAAUUGCUUUUUACUUAUUUUCAGAAAAUGAGAAUUAAAAGUAUCUUUUAAUUUGAGGUUCAAAUUGAUUUGGAUGAUUACAAGCCUUUGUUUGGGACCAAAGGCCAAAUUGGUUUCAAAUCAUAGCUAAUCGAACAAUUGCAACGAUAUUAUUACGACUAGAUAUACAAUUUGCUUUUAUUAUAAUAAUGAUGGCAGCAUAGUCUAAUAUUUGAACACAAGUGUUCGUUCGAUGAUUUAAAAAAAUACACAGUAAGAUGUUCUAUAUCUCUAUAUAUUUGCAUCAAAUUAGACUACGUUUUACUCUUGAAUCGAGUUGCUGACCAGUCGUAAAAUGUGAGGUGGCAUUACAUUUGUCAGACAACUUCCCUGUUAAAUUGACUUGAAAUCGAUAAUUUUUAUUUACUGACGUAACGGCGUACUGUAUAUAAGGGCCGCAUGACAGAGGACACCUCUCAAAUCUUUAUCGUAAAUUGAAGAACUGGGGUAAAUGAGAUUUAAAAAGAAAAAGGUGAUUAUACCUUAAAAGAGUAUUCUACGAAAAGGGGCAAUUCAAAUUAAGAAUUAAAAUCUUGGAAAACAAUAUCUUUGUGAUCCUUUUUUUAGAAUCCACCAGUAAAUUGACUCAUGGGAAACGUGUUUAGGGAAUUCAGUCGCGAACGAUCGAGUUGCUGACAAGAUAAAAUAGUGUUUCGUAGUCGUAAUUUGCGGUUGGAAUUAAUACAAUUAUUCUAGUUUCAAUUUUAUAACCCGAGUAGGCUAGCAAAGACCUGCCAAUUUUUAACGAAAUCCUGUAUGAUGACCGAAAAUCCUUGCUGGAAAAAAUGAUGUGUCACCCAGUGUUUCCCACGAUGUGUUCACAGUGUGGAAAACAAUGUGAACUCACCUUCAGACUAAUUCACCGUGUGAACACACUACUAAGACUUACACUGUAUGAUGUGUUCACAUGCAGACAUCUUUAAAGGACAAGUCCACUCCAAAAAAAGUUGAUUUAAA